UGUACUAAAAAAAUGUUUAAUUAUCAAUGGAAAUUACCCUAAGAAGUUCUAUUUAAAAAGUGGGGAUUUAUCGACAGUAUUGGAGCCUUAUAAAUAAGCAUAUUUUGAAUUUAAUAUUUUCCCUGCAAUUCAUAGUACUAACUACGAUCUCCAGCUGGUACAAGAAUUGGAAUAUAAGCUCAAAAUGGAGGCAGUGCUAAAUAGAUCGAUAUUGUUCCAUAAUAUCAUAUAUUGUUACUGAUUUUUCUAUUUGCCGCAUUCUAAAUAGAGCAUGGAAUGGAUGGAUCGUGUCCACUUCUCCUUCCAUCCUUUGGGGAAAAGGACAGUUCUGAAAGAGAAGCUCCAUAUUCAUCGCAAAAGGUUGGUCUAUAUAGGCCAACAUCAGAUGCAAUUGACUUAGGAUAUCAUACAUUAGAUAACAAUGUCUGUCGUUCUACAUCUUCAUCAGCCGUUAUAUCAGUUCCGAUCAGACAGCAAAUUCUGUUACAACAAAAGUGCAUUUAUGUCACAGAUCUGUGUCAGCUGGAUGAUACUUUGUUGCUGAAGAUAUUCAGUUGGCUGAGUACCAGAGAUUUAUGUUCUGUUGCUCAAACUUGCAGACGCCUUUGGGAAAUAGCAUGGCAUCCGUCACUUUGGAAAGAAGUAGAAAUACGUUAUCCCCAAAAUGCAACAGCUGCGUUGAACGCCUUAACUAGACGAGGAUGCCACACGUAUAUCCGUCGUUUGAUACUUGAAGGUGCUGUUGGCCUGGCUGGAAUUUUUGCCCAGUUACCAUUUCUAAAUUUAACUUCGUUGGUUUUAAGACACUCCCGACGAGUUACAGACACAAACGUGACGGCUAUCUUAGACAAUUGUAUACAUCUGAAGGAACUAGACUUGACAGGAUGUAUCAACGUUACAAGAGCAUGUAGUCGAAUAACAACGUUGCAGUUACAGUCGUUAGAUCUCAGCGAUUGUCACGGUAUGGAAGAUUCUGGCUUAGUUUUGACACUGUCCCGCAUGCCACAUCUUGCCUGUUUAUAUUUGCGACGAUGUGCGCGGAUAACUGAUGCCAGCCUCAUAGCAAUCGCCUCCUAUUGUGGUAAUUUGCGUCAGUUGUCUGUCUCUGAUUGUGUGAAGAUUACGGAUUACGGAGUACGGGAGUUAGCAGCACGUCUCGGCCCAUCGUUGCGUUACUUCUCAGUGGGAAAAUGUGAUCGCGUGUCAGACGCUGGUCUGUUGGUUGUUGCCAGGCACUGUUACAAAUUAAGGUAUUUAAAUGCCCGUGGCUGUGAGGCACUUAGUGAUAGUGCUACGUUAGCUUUGGCACGCGGAUGUCCGCGUUUAAGAGCCCUCGAUAUAGGAAAAUGUGAUAUUGGUGAUGCAACUCUUGAAGCCCUUUCUACCGGAUGUCCAAAUUUGAAGAAAUUAUCUUUAUGCGGUUGUGAACGUGUUACGGAUGCUGGAUUAGAAGCUUUAGCAUAUUACGUACGAGGACUGAGACAGCUGAAUAUUGGCGAAUGCCCGAGGGUUACAUGGGUUGGAUACCGAGCAGUGAAACGUUAUUGCCGCAGAUGUAUCAUAGAACAUACAAAUCCUGGCUUUUCAAGCUGAGUCUUCUGAAUCAUUUUUUUUUCUUUUUGCUAAUUUUAUUCAUUCAGUCUAUUUAUUAAUCUAGACUUGUUUUAGUACUUAUUUAGAUACUAAUUUGUAAAAAAAAAAAUUAACCAACUAUAUAUAUAUACACAUACAUAUAUGUUAUCCGUCAUAUAUAUAAAAAUAUAUGUAUGUAUGUAUGUGUUAUGCAUAUAUAUUACGUGGUUUGCAAUAUGCUAAAAAGCAUUUCUUGCUAUUUAUUGACUUUAUAACUUAAUACACAAGGAUUAAUAGUUCUAUGUAAUUUGUAUAUUUAUUUUAUAAAUAAAGAUCUAAAAUUUU